AAAUAUUCGCCAAAUUCGGUUUUAUUAAUGAAUCAAUUUUUAAUGCUUCAUAUUUAAGAUGAAUAGCAUGAAUUGUGAACAAAUGGAUAUAAAAUUAAAAGAAAAAUGUGAAAUUGGUGAAAUUUCCAAUGACUACUUUUUGGAGGAUCAAAAAAAUAGUAAUAAUGCAAUUAAAAGUAUCAUUACCACCGUUACUGAUGUCUAUGAUGUUGACAAUAACAAUCAACAGCUGGAAGAGUUAAUUCGCGAAAAUGACAAUUGUAAAAUGGAGACUGGAGUCAAGGAUUGCGCUAUAAUUAUUGAUGCAAAGUCUGCAGACUCUUCCUCAGAGAAGCAACAGCUGCUUGCUUCAAAUGCAGACACAUCUGCACUUUUUGAUGGCCAAAAUGAUUUCGAUGAAGGCUUACAACCUCUAAGCGAACGUUGGUCACCUUUGGGUGCUAAUUAUGAUGAUGCGGUAAGUCCUUCCUCAGAAUUAUUAAGCCCGGAAUCUGAAUUGGAUUUGCUAAGCCAUUCGGACAAUCAAGAUAAACUUGAUUAUGAAAAUACUGAACUGGUAACUGACAUAACACGCUUAAAAACUUUGGAGGAAGAACAAGAAUUUCUUACUACAUCCCUAAUGGCUCUAACUUCACAUUUUGCUCAUGUUCAAUUGAGGGUACAGCAAAUUGUCGAGGCUCCAUCCCAGGAACGUGAUCAGUUGCUUAAAGAUCUAGAGGAGUUCGCUUUUCGUGGCAUUCCAGAGGCUUCUGCUGCAAUUACCACUGCCCCAAAGCGUUGUUCUUCCGCAUUAUCUUCUAAUUCAGAUAUAAAACACGGCGACGAUGACGUUGCUUUACAUCAACGUCAAUUUGAACUUAUUCAUCAUUUAAAGUCACAGUUAAUUGAAUUGGAGAAAUUGGCUUAUGAGUCCGGUGCUCCAGUGCUGCCGCAACAUAUGAUACUUGAAAAGCAGAAAAUCAUUAUCGAUGAAUUAAAACAAAAACUCAAUUUUAAAGUCGACGAAUAUAAACUUCCCGAACUUACAGCAGAAGAGCUCAAGUCACAUGUUGACACUGCGAUUGGUGAGUUUGUGGGACCACUAAAAAUGAAAGAGCAAUUAGUAGCCCAAUUAAAAACACAAAUCACCGAUUUGGAGCGAUUUAUUGCGUUUCUGCAGUGUGAUACCGAUGAAGGCAAACUGAAAGCCUUUAACACAGGCGAAAAAAUGACCGAAGCCUAUAACAGUUAUGCGGCUAAAAAAAAAAAAAGCAUAUCCAAAAAGCUGCAAAUACCUUUUGACGCAAAAACCGAGAAAAUGAUAGCUUCGGCUCCUACUUCAGAAGCUGUAAGAGCUCGCGAAAGUCUUCAUAGCAAAGCUCACGGUCUAAUGGAUAAAGCAUCGCUAUUAAUGCAAAUGUUUGCUAGCACCCAUUUUGGCAGCAAGCCUGAGCACUUCCAAAAGAAUAUUUUAAAGAAGACGGAUAAAGGAAAUCAUUGGGGUGAUCUACGAGCUCAGCUUGAAGUCGACAUACAAGAGGUCGCUUCGUUAGCAGCUACCUUAAGUUUUGAUCGUGAGAAGCUGGCUAAAAUGCAUAAAGCCAUGAAAAAAUCAAAAAUUGUUACAAAACGUAAUCAUACAUACAACGGAAUUUUAACAACUGCUCCAAUCGCAGCCAGCAAAAAGCAAUUAAAACCGUACAGAUUGUCGUCGGAUUCGGAUGAGGAUGAAUGCGAUUCAUACGAUAUGUCUCAAAUACAUAAUAGACGUUUGGCUCAGUGCGCUCGAUUUCGAGGAGAUUCAAUUACCACAUUAAGUAAAGAAUUGACUACAGCUGUGCGUAAAAAUUUUGCGAUGACAUUAUUAAAAUUAAUUCAGCACGGUCUGCGUAUUCAGACUGAAUCGGUAGCAUCCAGUUUAAUUGUGCCAUUUAUGCGUUGUUUAAAUCCGUCCCCAGAAUAUGUGGCUGAGCACAAUUAUCGGGCUCGCGAUUUUGAUGCCGCCUCUUUUACGGCUUCUCCGUUUGGCAACGAGGAAACCGAGAAUGCAGACAAUACCUCUUCAAAUGCCGGUUUUUUCAAUUCAGCUAACAGCCGUCCUAUGCAUGCUUGGGAGUUGAUAUUAGAAUAUUAUUACAUUAAAAACGGCGAUGAUUAUAAUAAUACGCCGGCGCGUAAGUUAUCGCAAAGCUUCAAUUUAGAAAUUGUCGAUUCACAGGCUGUAACGGCCAAGCAGACAUUAUUAAGCGCUGUCGGCGCAAUUAUCGCUAUGCAUCGGCCCUAUAAACGAAGCUAUAAUGCCCAUUUUAAGGCGUUUAUUUGCGCCGGAUUAAAUUCGCAUCAAUUAGUGGAUUGGCUUAAUUUGAUAUUUAGCUGCAGCGAUUUGAUUGAAACAUAUUAUUUGUCCACAAGUUAUGUAUCACGCACUGGUUUCCGUGAUGCUUUACGAUCGAUUGAGACGCUAUAUAAAUAUGACUUUAAAUUACCAGUCGAUCUUGCUGUAAGACAUUUUCGAAAUCUAUAACUUCACUUUAUAUUAUCCAACUUGCAAAAUUAUUUACUAUGCAUUCAUACUCUAUGCUAUGUCGAAGAAGUGUUUUCUCUUGAUUGAUUAUUUUAUUUGUUAAAAAUAUAUUUAUUUUUGUUUUUGUCAAGCAAUAAUC